AUGGCUAAACUAGGCAAGCCUAAAGGCGUCCGGAACAAGAGGACACUCGAGAAACUAGACCAGAUGGCUACAAACAGUGCGAAUGCUGCCAGCUCUACUGAUUCUCAACCGUUUCUAGACCGGGGCGUUGAGCCAGAGCAAGAGACCUCUGCUCCCAUGACUACGCCAGUACCCAUUACACCGUGGAUGCACUGGUCCGCUCUAUCCUCUACCGGCACCGGCACCGAUGACCAGCUCAGCAUGUGUCUGGAUGAACAAAUUAUACAGAACCCCUUCGACUUAGACGCAUCUUUGCAUUCCGGUCCGAUAGACAGAGGCCUUCUCCAGUUUCAGAUGUUAACGCCGGUCCUUACGGAUUCUGGGCAUUUCCCAGAAGCUCGCCACCAGUUUCCAGGCAGUUACAAUGGAUCGAAUAUUUCCACCUCGGAGAACGGGAGAGUGUCAGCAGAAAGCGCCGCCCCCGCCACAACACUUCCACAAACAACGAGCUCGAGGAUACUGAUGCCACUGCAGACCGCGGCGGAAAGUGACACCGCAAGAAGAUCUAUGCCACAGACGGGCCACUCAUCCGGCAGUGACGAAGACGAGGAGAGAGAGACUUGUGCUUGUGAGUGUUUGAGGACGUUAACAGACCAACUAUGUUUCUUGAACGCCAUAGAGCGAAAGCAUAUGCGGCCUCCAUUAGACAGCAUAUUUUCCAGGGCUAGCAAAAUCCUGGAUCACGCCACAAGCGCGCUCAACUGCCAACAGUGUUGGAUUGACUCCAAGGUGCUCAUCUUGAUUAUUACGACAUUGCAGACGGUGUUCAACUGGGCUAUGCAAGAACAGCAGAGCUCUCUGGAGAAGGCCCAAAAUAUACCUGUCGUAGUCUUCGGCAGAUGGACUGUUUCUGAGGAAGAGAGCAAGAUGGUAAAGGUGAUACUUGUCGAUCGGGUCUUGUCAAGGAGCAACUCUACGACAGACGUACUGCGCCAGCGGAUCACCCAUAUUUCGCGCAUGGCGAACAAUCAAAGAGUGCCAUACCAAGUGAUGGAUGCAGUUACAUUGGAGUUCAUCUUACAGCGGCUCAUUUUCUCGGUGAGGGAGGUGAUGCAUUUUGUGAAAAGGGAAAGGGAAAGGGACAAGGAAACGCCACGAUCAUCGAACAUCGCAUGA